UCUCUCUCUCUCUCUCUCUCUCUCUCUCUCUCUCUCUCUCUGUCUCUCUCUCUCACACACACACACAAUGGAAUGGACACCAACAAAGAACAUCUCAUCUGUACUUCUAUUUUUCUUCAGGAUUCUCUUUUCUCCAGACAUCAAAGUCUAUAACUUUUUCUCGUAUGUCCAGCAUUUCUUCCAAAUUCUGAUGGCAUUUGUCUCCUCCACCAAGUGGAAACUUUGGGCCAACAUAAAAGCCCAAAAAACCGAGCCACUGAACCAGCAGUUUUGCUUUCAGGAGAAGCCCAAUGAGGAGGCCCAACUAUGUAGUAAAGACCUAAAGAUGGUGAUGGACAGCUUGGGCAUAUUUUUAUCUGUAUCUGACGAUUCUGACCCUUGUGGUGACAAGUUUGGAGUGGAUGAGUUAUCAGAACUAUUUGAUGAGGAAGAGCCUAGCUUGGAAGAGUUGAAGGAAACUUUUGAUGUGUUUGAUGAGAACAAAGAUGGGUUCAUAGAUGCAAUAGAGCUGCAGAGAGUUCUCUGCAUUUUGGGCCUCAAGGAAAGAUCAAAAGUGGAGGAUUGCAGAAAGAUGAUUAGUGCAUUUGAUGAAAAUGGUGAUGGAAUCAUUGAUUUUGAUGAGUUUCUGAAAUUUAUGGAGAUAUGUAAUACCUAAAAAUACAUACAUACAUAUACAUACAUACAUACAUAUAUAUAUAUAUAUAUGCAGUACUUGUUAUAUUAAGUCAUGUCUCCUAUCAUAUGUCAGUUUUGCUAGAAAUUGUGAAAAAAUAAUAAUAAUAAUAAUAAAUAAAUAAAUUAGGCUUGACCCUUCUUAAAUAACACGUCUACUUAU